AUGCCGCUAGAAACAAUAAACCUGUCGAUUUCUAGACCUGAUCGCGAGGGAAGCAACACGCAUGGUGGUAAUAAUGGGAACGCUGCAUCCGAUGGAAAAGGUAGAGCAUUCCAGGCUACCCCAGAGGAACUAGGAGCUAUCCGAGAGAAGAUAAAGGACCCUGUUUUCGCCAAGCUAAUGCAUGAAUAUAUGGAGUCCCUGAGUGAUCCUGAAGUCUUACGCGAGGAGGAGGCUUACUUGGAACAAGCAGAGCGUGAGGCUAAAGAAGGCGGUGACUUUAGUUUCGAAUUUGUUUUUCCUCAUCCUGGGUUCGUCGUGGAGCUUAUGAAUCCCAUGACAAAAAUUAUUUCUGGGUCGGAUAUGAAGAAAUUUCUUCCCAUGGUAGCUGGGGCGGCUACCACACUGAAGGACAUCAGAAGCUUUGUCAAUAUGUGUUCCAGUGAGAAGGUUCCGGUAUACCGCGAGGAACCAACCGGCGAUCGAAUGGGAAGCAAUUGGCACGUACCGGUUUCCAUUUCACAAAAGCGAAUCGAACCAUUCAACGGUUUUAACAAGGGGAAGGAAGAGGCGGACGGAAAGUCAAGGAAAGGAGAAAAUAACAAGGUUGCCGAUUCAAAUAACGCAUGGUGUUAUGUGUACGACGCCGUAUUUCACCCUCAGACCCUCUCCCUUUCGGACCGGAGCAAUCGAUUCUUGUGUUUUCUUGUUGAGAUCGCUGUUGAGCACAUCAACAGCGGCUAUAAUGAGUCAAACGGAUUUGAGUUUACGCGACUGUCAAGCUCUGUCGCGACGGUGGUCGGUACGCUGAAGAAUCAAACCAUACGCACAAAGGAUAAAAAAGGGGCUUCAUUAUUUGAAGUCAAUCGAGACGCCCCCGUACUGACCAAGCCUACCGCUCAGCUACUGCAGACUGAGAAGGCGGAGACAGGGAGGAAUUCCCAGGUUUCCGCCCCUACAUCGACGUCGUCACGGGCCGAACGCCGCGGUGAGGUACCUGCGCCUACGCCGCAUGUGAAUAGCCCCAAAGUCAACGUCGGGAUGGAUCGGAAGCCCUUACUCCCUCCACAUAGCAUCCUUCACCGCGGUCAUAUUGACUUGACGGAUGCUUGGUCCUGGAAAGUGGUGGAUAAGCGCAUUGGGGUGCCAGAGGAGCUGGUGGUCAAAUUGACCUUUGACCGCGUGCAGGAUGCGUCGGGGCUGGAUAUCAGCAUCACCGAAGAUGGCAGCGCUCUGCGCAUCGACCCCACCACCGCCCAGAAUCACUACGAGGGCUUAGUAGUGCUGCCUUUUACAGUAGAGGAAACCCCCGCGAGUGCGCGUUUUGACCGCGCGACGCACGUCCUGACGCUCAUUCUGCGCGUCGUCCCGCCGGUUUUAUCCGAGCAGUCGGCCGCGGUUGCUGAAGAGGUGAAGCAGCGUUUUCGCGCGGUUGGUGGGUCGAACUCGCCUUCCGCGAAGGCGGACGGGGGGGAUCCUGAUGGGGUGGGUAUGUCGGGCGAUGCGCAAACCGGGGACGUCGUGGUGGACGAGCCUUGCCCUGUCGCCAGGGAGGCGAGGAAACCCCCGGCGGAGGAUGUUGAUAACCCUCAAGACGUCAGAUGCGCCCCUGAGGCGACUGGGAUCGCGUCGGAAUCGGCCUCCCUGGAUCCCUCAGCGGCGGAUGCCGGGAUGGGAACUGAAAGGGUGGAAUCUCCGCCGUGCGCUCUUCCCUAUGACCACGUCAACGUCCCCUCAAAGGAUGACGCAAGCUCCGAGGUCGAGUCGAUGCCCACACGAUCGAAGCCUCCGUCUAUUUUUAGAGCCCCGGUUGAUGAGCCUACCGUGUUUCAGGAAGGAAAAGAUGACUCAUUUCAGCAUUUUAACUGCAGUUCGAGGGCGCAGAUGGCAUUGUCCAAGAUCAUGGAAGCUCGGCGGGCUCGAGAAGCAGCUGCCCGCCCCGAGAGUGAGGCUGGACCUACCCAAGGCCAAGGAUUCGGGGAAGAGCGUGAAGUUUCAACGGUUUCUGAAAAAGAAGCAAAUAACCUUUUGGGUGUUGGUAGCGCGCCUGAUGAGAGCGAAGCAGCGGCGCUGGCUUCGGAACAGGAUGCAUGGGUGCAGAAGAUGAACGAGCAGAUGGCGGCGGUGUCCGCAAAAGAGGAUGAGGAGGCUGAGGCGGCUGCUUUAAAAGUGCAACGUGAUGCGGAGCGCUCCAAGAAGCGUCUGGAUAAACUAAUGGAAUUGGAGGAGAUGGAGAAACGGAUGCUCCAGAAGGCGAGGGUGAUUCCGUUGAAGAACCGGCACAUUUUUUCCAUCGAUUAG